AGAGGACGUGCGGGCGCAAGGAGAAUAAUUCUAUAACAGAAAAAUAAAACACGCAAAAUUUUUAAAAGCAAAGUGCUCGGCUGUUCUGUUAAAGAUAAAAGGAAAUGUACAUAUAUGUGUGUUCGGUCCUGUGCGAAUAAUAAGCUAAGAGUAUGAUAAAACUAAAUUGUUAUUUUUGCUACUAGAUUAACGUAUCUGUGUACGAGUAUGUGUACAGAGUCAGAGUGCAAAUGCGAAUAAAUCAGCGGUUUUUGUGUCGAAGUUAACGGCGCAUUUGUACAUGUGCACAAAAGUAAUUAAAAGAGUGGGCAUCAAAAGUCCCAACCAAAUAUUGAUCAAAACAAAGUGAUCGCGAAUGCAACAGCAUCUGUAAAUUUCAAAUUAAACGGCCACUUCAAUAGCUACACACAGCAAGCAACAAACAUGUUUGAAUUGGAAGAAUAUUCAAGCAGUAUACAUGAGGGGUUCUUCAGCAAGUAUGCGGAUGCCGCAGGUCCGUCGCUGGACUGUUAUGUAUCGGACUCCAUGCAGGACAUGCUGGAUGUGGACAUUCGUGCUGAGAUUGCCAAUGUUGUGGGCAGCCCGAGUGAUUUGACUUCAUCUCUGGAUCAUGCACUCGAAGCAAUAUCGGCCAUCAACAACAACAACAAUAAUAACAAUGCUCCCUCCACGCAUAAUGCAAAUGCGAAUCUGCUGGCCAGCAGCGCCUUGCACGCCUCUCCCACAGCCAAAUGGAUGGGGUCCUGCGCAAAUUUCUGGUCCACUUCGGACUACUUUGCGGAUGUGGGUGCUUGUGUGAAUCCCAUAUCGGUGAUGCCACUGAUAAAUUCCAGUUCAUUGCUGCUCUACUCGCCUCAGAAAUCCAAAACGCUGGUCACCCAAUCAUCCAGUAGCACCCACAAUGGCAGCUCUGCUAUGGUUCUGGCCUCGCCCUGUGACCCACACAAAUCGCAUUUAACAUUCUCGCCGGCUCAAAUGAAGGUCAGUGCGGGGUCGAUGCGUCGGGAACAGGUAUCAUCGCAUAUCCCUAAGCAGAUUUCCGUUCCCAUUUCAUCAACGUUAACCGGGGCGGGCACUACAGCGCCUGCAACCAUGGCCACAAAUUCGGCGCUGCAACGACGCAGCACUUCGGUGGAUACAGUGCGUAAGGAUUUAGCCCCAGAGCUCCGCAAAGUACAGUCUGCAGGUGUCAUCAGCAACGAUAACAACAGCGUCAUGGAUAACAAGACCAAGGCUGGUUUGCUCGGCAGCAAUGGUGUCACCACCAACACCAUCAAAUUGGCGCCAGGAAUCGGUGGUCUGACUUUUGCUAACAGCGCCACAUACAACAAACUGAAGCAACAAACCUCAGUGAAGUCUCCGAGUGGGUCUCCAGUCACUGCCCAAGGCAACAUUGUUCUGAAGAGAGAUCGCGAGUCCAGUCCAUUGCACAACAUGACCACGUUGCAUGCGAACGGAGUGGCUAAGCGUAAUCUGCUCCAGCAGUCUGCCGUCGCAAGUCCGUAUAGCAGCACACCAAAGAGCAUUGCCUCGGCGGCUCACUCGCCGCACCAUCAAAUGCAGAUUGGCAACAACAGCUCCGUCGGAUCGCCGUCGUCGAUGGGGCGACCUUCGACAUCGUCAUCCCCACUGUCCUUCAGUGGCACUAUAACCCCACUCAGCAAUACCAGUAAUUUGGUCAAUAUAGCCAACAACAACGGCAGUGGAGGCGUGCUGGCUGUGAAGCCUUUGCAACAAAAGAUUAAACUGCCCGCUGUUGACAGCGCCUUCCCCAAGCCUGCGUACUCGUAUUCCUGCCUCAUUGCGCUGGCAUUGAAGAAUUCGCGUGCCGGCUCGCUGCCCGUCUCAGAGAUAUACAGCUUCCUGUGCCAGCAUUUUCCGUACUUUGAGAAGGCACCGACUGGCUGGAAGAACAGUGUGCGCCACAAUCUAUCCCUUAACAAAUGUUUUGAGAAGAUUGAGCGACCAGUGACAAAUGGAAAUCAACGCAAAGGUUGCCGCUGGGCCAUGAAUCCCGAACGAAUUACCAAAAUGGAUGAGGAGGUACACAAGUGGUCGCUCAAGGAUCCAGCUGCCAUACGCGACGCAAUGGUAUAUCCAGAGCAUCUGGAGGCGCUCGAACGAGGCGAGAUGAAGCAUGGAUCGGCAGAUUCGGAUGUAGAGCUCGAUUCUCAAUCAGAAAUCGAGGAGACAUCCGACCUGGAAGAAGCUGACUUCGAUGAAACGCUUGUCGAUGCCAUGCUCGUUGAAGAGGAUGACGACUUAGAGGAAGACGAGGAAGAGGAGGAGGAGUUGCACGGAUACGAGCACAUCGAGCCACAUCACAGCGCCACCCGCGAAUUACAGUCCGCCAUGUUCUAUGAGAAGGUCGACGAUCUAUACCACGCCAUUGACAUCGAUGAGGACAACAAGGAGGCAGUGCGAAGGGCCAUUGCCAAUGACCAGGGCACACACAUAAUCGAAUUAAAUCCGGCCGAUUUGAAUGCAAAUGCCAAUGAUGGCUAUCAAUCGCCCAAGCGAGCACGUCUAGACAUCAACUAUACCAUCGGACCCGCCGGCGAUCUGCAGCAGCAGUAUGGCCAAAAGGUCAAGGUGCAACCGGUGCUGCAGGCCAGCCAGUCGCUUCUCCCUGUAGCGCAACAGCAACAGCAGCAGCAGCAACACCAACACCAACAAUUGCAACAACCGACCUAUAAUCGUCGCAAAAUGCCGUUGGUGAACCGAAUCAUCUAAAUGAGCAUGUGUGUGGAUCGGAGCCGUAGCAAAGCAAAGCUCGCACAGCUAUGUAUCAUUAAUUUACAUGUAACUGCAUAUGUAUAUGCAUAUAAAAAAUAUAUUAAUUGUAUUCAUUUAGUCGUAGACCUAAGCAAAUUAAUAUUCCCAUGCUACGCUUAAAUUCUCAAAUUCAAAAUAGAUUUAAGUUUCGUGUGCAGUUCUAACUCCAUAUCCUACAUCCAUGCUACUACCCCUUUAGGUUUUAGAGCUGUAAGUUUAGCGAUCGAAUUUAAGCAUAUAUGUUAUUUAGUCUUUGGAUGAUUCUGCGUGCGCAGUUGUGUGCAUAUUUUCUGUAGUUAACAGUUUAUUUACAAAGAGCCUGCAUUAAAUUUUUAUAUCCAAACAAGCACAUACACACAAAAUUGAAGUCGCUUUCAAAUAAAUGUCCAUUGUUACAACAUUUGCGAGCACUCUGAAGCGUUGGUUUUGCUCCCUCCCCCCACUUGACGCACGUUUAUCAAAAUUUCCAAGUCAUUUACCCCGAUUUGACGUUUGAGCGAACGCUCAUUAAUGCAUUCUAUAUAGUUAAGUCACCGAUCUAUUUACUGACGAAGCAUAACUAGUGUUAAUUUUAUUUUUAAAAUUUUGACUACGAAGUGCAGUUCUUAUUUGAUCUCCAGCUAAGCAUAAAUUGCUUAAUUUAAAUGCUUUUGCAAUAAUUUGGGAGAAGAAACACCUAACUAUGUACUUUUUGUGCAACACACGACAACGAAAUUCAAAUAAAUUGAUUUCCACACUUGUACGUACAUUGCAGAAUUUGAAGAAGAGCAUACCUAACUACUUGCCGGUCCAGUAUUCAGUUAAUAAAUGCAUCUCGAUAGGACUCCAUCGUCUUUGUAUGUAUUGUACUAUAGAGCGCCUACCGUUAUGGCGCGACACAGAACAACUGGUUCAAGAGGUGUACAGUCAAUUACUUAUCCAAUGACAUUUGUAAAUAUUUUGACAUCAAAUCUGUAUACUAUACUAACUGUGUAAAUACCCAAUAAGAUAGUGUAUGUAUUAAAUAGUAAUUAUAUGUUUAUACUUAUACAAGAAACCAAACUACUUACUGCAAAAUUCCAAGAAAAUCAACUAGAUUCCCAAAACGAAAAGACUUGAAACGAAUAUUUGCAUCAAAGUAUUCAAGAUCUUGUUCAUCGGAGGGACAACUGAACCGGUAAUGGUCUAUAAUCAUAGCUAGAGUCGUUGUCACUCGGCAGGACAUGAUCAUCCAAUUUAAAUUCAUAGUACAAACAGCAUUUAUGUUACAAUAACAUGUUUUUGAUCAAUUUUUCCAAGAAACUUAAUAUAAAAAAUAA